CCAAGCUCCAGCCUCCCCGCAGCCGCUGCUCGGGGGCACCCGGGACGUCCCGGGCUCGGUCCAGCCAGCCGUGGGGUCAGGAUUGUCCCAGCCCUUGGGAAAGACCCGGCGCGCGCGCUGCUCUGGAAGGACACAGGUGUCCCUGGCGUCUCAGCUCCGGGUCGCCUCCCUGCACUUUCCCAGGACAGGGCUUCGCCUCUAUGUUCUCUGGUCGCACAUCCCGGAAGUCAAUCUCUCAUCCGGAGUCCAGAGACACUUCCGCCAUGGCAGAGGGUGAAGAAUACCGGAACCCCACGGAGGUGCAGAUGAGCCAGCUGGUGCUGCCCUGCCACACUAACCACCGUGGGGAGCUGAGCAUUGGACAGUUGCUUAAAUGGAUCGACACCACCGCCUGCCUAUCAGCGGAGAGGCACGCUGGCUGCCCCUGUGUCACAGCCUCCAUGGAUGACAUCUACUUCGACCAUACCAUUAGUGUCGGCCAAGUGGUGAAUAUCAAGGCCAAGGUGAACCGGGCCUUCAACUCCAGCAUGGAGGUGGGAAUCCAGGUGGUCUCUGAGGAUCUGUGCUCUGAAAAGCAGUGGAGUGUCUGCAAGGCCUUGGCCACCUUCGUGGCCCACCGGGAGCUCUGCAAGCAGGUGAAACUGUCGCAGGUGGUCCCACUGACAGAGGAGGAGAAGACCGAGCAUGGGGUGGCGGCUGAGCGCCGGCGGAUGCGACUGGUCUACGCAGACACGAUCAAGGACCUCCUAACCCGCUGUCCCAUCCCGGAUGAUCUGGACAAGGACUGCAGCAAUAUGGUGCCAGCCGAGAAGACCCGAGUGGAGAGUGUGGAGCUGGUGCUGCCUCCCCAUGCCAAUCAUCAGGGUAAUACCUUUGGGGGCCAGAUCAUGGCCUGGAUGGAGAAUGUGGCCACCAUUGCAGCCAGCCGGCUCUGUCAUGCCCACCCUACGCUCAAGGCCAUCGAGAUGUUCCAUUUCCGAGGCCCGUCUCAGGUGGGGGACCGCCUAGUGCUCAAGGCCAUCGUGAAUAAUGCCUUCAAGCGGAGCAUGGAGGUGGGGGUGUGUGUGGAGGCUUACCGCCAGGAGGCGGAGACCCAGCGCCGGCACAUCAACAGCGCCUUCAUGACCUUUGUGGUCCUGGACAAAGAUGACCAACCUCAGAAGCUGCCCUGGAUUCGUCCCCAGCCUGGGGAUGGUGAACGGCGAUACCGAGAGGCCAGUGCCAGGAAGAAGAUCCGCCUGGACAGGAAGUACCUCGUGUCCUGUAAGCAGGCAGAAGUGGCCCUGUCUGUCCCCUGGGACCCUAGCAACCAGGUGUACCUGAGCUAUUACAACGUGUCCUCCCUAAAGACGCUUAUGGCCAAGGACAACUGGAUGCUGUCUGCGGAGAUGAACGAGGUCCUCCUGUACAUCCUGGAAGAGGAGUUCCUGUCCUUUCACUUGGAGAUGGUUGUAAAUGUGGACGCUGCCCAGGUCUUUCAGCUGCUGUCAGACCUGCGCAGAAGACCAGAGUGGGACAAGCAUUACCGGAGUGUGGAGCUGGUACAGCAAGUGGAUGAGGACGACGCCAUCUACCACGUCAUCAGCCCCACCCUGAGUGGCAACACCAAGCCCCAGGACUUUGUGAUCCUGGCCUCUAGGCGGAAGCCUUGUGACAAUGGGGACCCCUAUGUCAUUGCCCUGAGGUCCGUCACACUGCCCACGCACCCUGAGACACCGGAAUACCAACGUGGGGAGACCCUCUGUUCAGGCUUCUGUCUGUGGCGUGAGGGGGACCAGUUGACUAAGGUUUCUUACUACAACCAGGCCACCCCUGGUUUUCUCAACUAUGUGACCACCAAUGUGGCCGGCCUGUCCUCGGAAUUCUACAACACUUUCAAGGCUUGUGAGAGUUUCCUGUUGGACAACCGGAAUGACCUAGCCCCUAGCCUCCAGACCCUCUAG